GGGCGGGGGAGCGGCGCGCCCGGGAACCGGAAGCGGGCCCCGGCCCGGCAGCGGCAGCAGCGCCGGCAGCAGCGCCGAGAGCAACAAGUCAGAAGAUAAUACUUGCUCAAGUGGGAAAUACUGAUAUUCCCAUGAGGGAGGGAAGAGAAGGUUGAAAAGAGAAGAGAUCAUCAGGUGAGAUUAGUUUGGGGAUGUGAAUACAAUGAGUGUAAACCAACAAGCUCACGCAGGGCCUCCUUAUGGGCAACCUCAGCCUGGCUACCAGGGCUACCAGCAGCCUGCCUACGGAGGACAGCCGUUGCCAGCGGUCCCUCAGUCUCAGUACGGAGCGUAUAAUGGUCCCAUGCCGGGCUAUCAGCAGCCAGUCCCUCCACAAGGUUACUUUCCUUCCUUGGGGCUCCCUUCGAAGGGCUCUCCUGUAUCUCUCAACUCUGACACUUCUUCUCUUGCACCUAAUUUCAUAGGUUCAUUAAGAGCCCCUCCAACAUCUGGAGCUCCUCCUCCAGCCUCUGGAGCAUCUCUUCCUUCCAGCCAUCUGGCAUACAGUCAGUUUGGACAUGGAGAUGUGCAGAACGGGAUUCCAGCCUCAGCAGCCCCGAUGCCAAGGCCACCUGCCUCUCAGCCGUUUCUGCCAGGCUCAGCCCCGACUCCCGUCAGCCAGACGUCGACCUUCCAGCAAUAUGGGCCCCUGCCAGCCAGUGUCCAGCAGCUCAGCAAUCACAUGGCAGGGAUGACAGUUGGCAGCACUGCAGCCUCUGCUCCUCCCCCAGCUGGACUGGGCUACGGUCCCUCAACAUCGGUGCCCCCAGUCUCAGGAAGCUUUAGUGCAACAGGAUCUGGUCUCUACACACCUUACACUGCGAGCCAAGGGCCCCCUCCCACCAGUGUGUCUCAGGGUCUUCCUUUGGCACAGCCUCCGUUUCCUGGUCAACCAAUAUCGACUCAGCACCCACCUACUCAAGUCCCUGGUUUUGCCUCGCCUCCUUCUUCUACAGGGAUUGGACCUUCCUCUUACCCUCCUACCACGGGUGCCCCAAGGCCACCUGCCAUGCCAGGCCCACCACUGCCUGGGCAGACACUUGCUGGACCACCAACAUCCCAGCCUAACCACGUAUCCUCACCACCACCUCCAGCAGCCCUGUCGGGGCCGCACCCCGGGCCUCCCCUGAGUGGCCUCCAUGGGCCGCCUCCCUCCGCUCAUCCUCCUCAGCCAGGAUACCAAAUGCAGCAGAACGGUUCUUUUGGGCAGGUGAGGGGUCCCCAGCCAAACUAUGGAGGAGCCUAUCCUGGAACACCAAACUAUGGAAGCCAACCUGGACCACCACCUCCAGCAAAGCGCUUGGAUCCAGAUUCCAUUCCUAGCCCUCAACUUAAUGAGCUGCCACCACAGCAGAAACCCAGGCACAGAAUAGACCCAGAUGCAAUUCCUAGUCCAAUUCAAGUGAUUGAGGAUGACAGAAGUAACCGUGGGUCAGAACCAUUUGUCACUGGAGUGCGAGGGCAGGUCCCACCUCUUGUUACUACAAACUUCUUGGUGAAAGAUCAAGGUAACGCAAGCCCCCGCUACAUCAGAUGCACAUCUUACAACAUCCCCUGCACCUCAGACAUGGCCAAGCAGUCCCAAGUUCCCCUAGCUGCUGUCAUUAAACCGCUGGCUACUCUACCCCCGGAGGAGGCCCUUCCUUAUUUGGUAGACCAUGGAGAAUCUGGUCCUGUCCGAUGCAAUCGCUGCAAGGCCUACAUGUGCCCUUUUAUGCAAUUCAUUGAGGGUGGCAGGAGGUUCCAGUGUUGUUUCUGCAGCUGUGUCACUGAGGUGCCACCCCACUACUUCCAGCACCUGGAUCAUACUGGAAAGCGAGUAGACUUCUAUGACCGACCGGAGUUAUCCCUGGGGUCCUAUGAGUUCCUAGCAACAGUUGACUAUUGCAAGAAUAACAAGUUUCCCAGUCCACCUGCUUUCAUUUUCAUGAUUGAUGUGUCUUACAAUGCUGUGAAGAGUGGCUUAGUGAGGCUAAUAUGUGAAGAGUUGAAGUCACUUCUAGAUUACUUGCCCAGGGAAGGCAACAUGGAAGAAUCAGCCAUUCGAGUAGGCUUUGUCACCUACAACAAAGUGCUGCACUUCUACAAUGUGAAGAGCUCAUUGGCACAGCCACAAAUGAUGGUUGUCUCAGACGUGGCAGAUAUGUUCGUGCCACUCCUUGAUGGCUUUCUGGUGAACGUGAAUGAGUCCAGGACAGUUAUUGCCAGUUUACUGGAUCAGAUUCCAGAAAUGUUUGCAGACACAAGAGAAACAGAAACUCUUUUUGCACCCGUGAUUCAAGCAGGAUUGGAGGCACUGAAGGCAGCUGAGUGUGCUGGCAAGCUCUUCAUUUUCCACACCUCUCUGCCCAUUGCAGAAGCUCCAGGGAAGUUAAAAAACAGGGAUGAUAGGAAACUGGUCAACACGGAUAAGGAGAAGGCUUUGUUUCAGCCACAGACAAGCUUUUACAACAACUUGGCCAAGGACUGCGUGGCCCAGGGCUGCUGUGUGGAUCUGUUCCUGUUUCCAAACCAGUAUGUGGAUGUGGCAACACUUGGGGUAGUACCUUACCAGACAGGAGGCUCCAUUUAUAAGUAUGCUUAUUUCCAGCUGGAGACAGACCAGGAGAGGUUCCUGAAUGACUUGAGAAGAGACGUCCAGAAGGAAGUGGGAUUUGAUGCCGUGAUGAGAGUGCGCACGAGCACAGGUAUUCGAGCAACCGACUUUUUUGGAGCAUUCUAUAUGAGCAACACAACUGAUGUAGAGAUGGCAGGUUUGGACUGUGAUAAAACAAUCACAGUGGAAUUCAAGCACGAUGACAAACUGAGUGAAGACAGUGGUGCACUCCUUCAGUGUGCUCUGUUGUAUACAAGCUGUGCAGGCCAGCGCCGGCUCCGCAUUCACAACCUCUCCUUAAACUGCUGCACGCAGCUCGCUGACCUCUACCGGAACUGUGAGACAGACACACUCAUCAAUUACUUGGCUAAAUAUGCGUAUCGUGCGGUUCUGAACAGCCCCGUGAAGACCGUCCGAGAUGCGCUGGUCAGCCAGUGUGCCCAGAUCCUCGCUUGCUAUCGAAAGAACUGUGCUAGUCCCUCUUCUGCUGGCCAGCUGAUCCUCCCUGAAUGCAUGAAGCUGCUCCCUGUGUACUUGAACUGUGUGCUGAAGAGCGACGUCCUUCAGCCUGGCCCCGAGGUCACAACGGAUGACCGUGCCUACAUCCGCCAGUUGGUCACAUCCAUGGACGUGGCAGAAACAAACGUGUUCUUCUACCCCAGGCUUUUGCCCCUGACCAAAGCGGAUGUUGACAGCGACGCCUUGCCAGCAGCAAUCCGGAACUCAGAGGAGCGGCUCUCCAAGGGCGACAUCUACCUGCUGGAGAACGGGCUCAACAUCUUUGUGUGGGUGGGAGUCAACGUGCAGCAAGGCCUGAUCCAGAACCUCUUUGGGGUGUCAUCCUUCAGUCAGAUCAGCAACGCCUUGAGUACCUUGCCUGUCUUGGACAACCCCUUCUCAAAGAAAGUGCGAUCCGUUGUCGACAUGCUUCGGGUGCAGAGAUCCCGCUACAUGAAGUUAAUAAUUGUGAAGCAAGAAGACAAGCUGGAAAUGCUCUUCAAACACUUUCUAGUGGAGGACAAGAGCCUGAGUGGGGGGGCUUCAUACGUGGACUUCCUGUGUCACAUGCACAAGGAGAUUCGGCAGCUACUGAGCUAGAGGAGGGAGCGGGGCUGGAACUCAGCAGCGGCAUUCAGUCUCCACUAGUGACCUGAUCAGAAGGCCCAGCGCCCUCAAAACAAAAGGACAACAUAGAAAUCUGUACAAUUCCAUAAUUUUUAAUACACGUUGCAUAAGCAGAAUUCCUCUGAACCUCUCCCAGUCCCACGUGCUCCUGGUGAGGGCUACAGAGAAAAACAAAACCCAAAAGGCCUCUGAUCCCAGGUCUUUUACUUGCAUCUAAAUUGUUUCCUGUGCUUGGCAGGAGCUCACCCCCACCCCAUGCUCGCUAAUCCUGUCGUAAUGAAUGUAGGGUUUUUUCAGUUCACUGUACAUGAUUCAACAUUGGGUGAAGAAGCGAGAACUCUUCGAACUCGUGGUGGUUGCUGUGUCUGUGCGCGGGUGCAUGCUCGGGGCCGGGGAGCACGGGAGGCAGGCCAGGGCGUGGGAGCUGCAGCAGCCCAGCCUCUUGUGCCCCCUCUUCAGAGGGAAACGCCAUGUUGCAGAGCACAGAUGUAUCAUGUGGCUGCCUGAACCAGAAGUCCAUGGGGAGGGAGCGGUGAGCCAGGGCAAAUCUUUCCACACCCUUCCCUGCUGUAAGUUGCUGUGCAGAUCUGUGAUGGAGUUGAGUGAGCAGCAGUCACCAGCCACUCAGCAGCGUAGGGGCAGAGCUGGUGCUUCCCGCUGGCGUGUGGUGAGUGCUUUCCUUAUUGCAUGGCUCUGCCCUGCUCAGGCCUCCUGCAGAGCUCACCUGCCUGUCCAGGUGGCAGCAGGAACUAAAGCCUCUUAACCUUAAGAAGAAAACACUUUUAACAGGGUGAUAUGGGGCUGCAGAGGAACUGGAUGCGAAGGAUGUGACUGCUUUCAGGCAUAUUGUUGUGAACCAUGUCAAACAAGCACGAGUUUGGUUUCUACUGCUGUAAGUUUGGGAUGGCUUUGGAGCCAGGAAUAUAAGGGAGGGGACAGGAGAAUGAAGGCUGAUACUGUACUGCAGUAGGUGUAACAAGUACCUGAUUUCAGUUACCAAAAGCAUCUGGGCCACGGUAAAGAGUUUUUCGUUACUGGAUGUUUAUACCCCCCUGCCCUGCUGGUCAGCUUGCACAAAACCUUUUUAUAAGCCUCUUUGUUAAAGUAAAAUACCUCAGACAGAUGAAUCCAUCCCCUCUGGCCACUCUGCUGCUCCAUUCUGCAAGGGUGGAUGAGGAGGCUCCUGCGAGGAGGGAGUGAGUCGAGUGUGAAUCGGACUCAGUUCUAAGGGCUUUGCUUAUUCGCUUUGGAAAGGGUCUAUUUGAAAAGGUAUGUUUCGGCUUGAGCACUGAUGGAGUGUUCUGACAGUACCCAGGAGUUCAAGCUACCAACAGCAUUAAAAGGGGGAGUGUGGGUGGAUUAGAGAUCAUGUUAUCUGGGCUUGGCGUCUCAGAGGAAAGUCCUUGUUAAGAUCCAAAAGAUAUCUGGCUGUGGUUUUAGUUCCCUAUCCUGUAGCAUGUGUACAAAUCCAUUGUCCUGAUGCUGCUAGUUUGUCUUCCCUCCCGUCACUACACAGAAAGGGGAACAGGAAAACUCUAAUGGAGAAACUCUGGAGAGAUGCAGUUGACAGAAUUUGUGUAUGAAUGUGGCUGACUUUUUACUCCAGGUCCUGCCUCCAACCAAAAAGGAGUUUUAAUGAGAGAGGGGAAAAGAACUUCCCAGGAAUAUAAAGGCACAGCAACCACAGUUCCACAGAUACUAAUUUCUAGUAUUAAUUGGGGAGGGGGUGGGGAUGGAAAAGAAAUCCUGAAUGAACCUUUCAUUCUCUUCACUUGUUUUUCCAAUGCAUCUUUUAAUUUGUAAAGAAAUAAAAAAACUAUAUGAAGAUGUA